UGAUGUUGGUUGCAGUUGCCGUCGUUCGUGUGGGCUGCCGUUACUUUGAGAGAAGUUUGUUCUUUUGUUUGUGCUUUUUGUUUUAUUCCACGAAUUUUUGAACAAAGAUGUCGGACGAUACUCAGCCUAAUAAAUUGCUCAUGUUUCGUGCAGCAGUUGCGAAUAGUUUCCAGGAUAUCGCUCAUUGUGUCAGCGAAGAAGAAUUCCUACAAAUUUUCACAAUGCUAGAGUCCAAGCCAUUGGUUGUAAAAAAACUACACCAAGUCAUGGAGAAAGAUUUAUACAAAGCAUUGGACAAUGAUCUGCAAGAACUUGUGUCUGAUGAAUGCAUGGUGGAAGGUAUGAAAAAAGUUGCAAAAUUGACUGAAGAAGCUGCAGCUCCUGCUGAUGCCAAACUAUGGAGACCUCCAGGUAAUGUCGAACUUCACAUGCGAUCAAUAGAUGCAGAUAAAAUGAUAAAGGAAUGUGAAGUUUUAGAAGCAUAUAUCAGUCAAAUGGAUAAGGAAAACGAAGUAUUGAUGGAUAAAAUAAAUGAAAGAAGGAAGAGUAUUCAAUCUGUUGGUAGUCAUAUGAACCAAUUGCUCAAUAUGCCUUUUAAAUUAUCAGAGUUAGAGAAUACAGUUAAAUUCAAUCAAGAACAAGUUGAAAAACAAUAUAAAAAGUGUUCAGUUAACUGGAAAUUUUAAUGUUAUCUAAUUUUAGUUCUUAGAUAUAUGUUUCAAUUCCUCUUCAAUUUUUUUUUCAUCUAUCAUUAAUUCUUGCAGGCGCUUUUGAAGUCUUAUUUGUGUAGCUGUAUUUUUCUUCUAUGAAGAUAAUUAUUAAAUUGUAAAUAUUGUUAAAAAUCGAAAUUAUAAAAUAACUA